GUCAGUUUUUCUCUUAUGUUCCCCUACAGAUUAAGUGGUGCCCUGCUCCUGGUUGUGAUUCAGCUGUGGAAUUUGUUGUUGGUAGUGGGAGCUAUGAUGUCACUUGCAGUUGUUCGUAUAGCUUCUGUUGGAAUUGUGCAGAAGAAGCUCAUCGACCGGUGGACUGUGAAAACUGUGGCAAAGUGGGUUUUGAAAAACAGUGCAGAAUCUGAGAACAUGAAUUGGAUAUUGGCCAACUCCAAGCCCUGUCCCAAGUGCAAGCGUCCGAUUGAAAAGAACCAAGGCUGCAUGCACAUGACUUGCACUCCGCCGUGCAAGUUUGAAUUUUGCUGGUUGUGUCUUGGUCAAUGGUCAGAACAUGGUGAGAGAACUGGAGGUUUCUACGCAUGCAACCGUUAUGAAGCAGCAAAGCAAGAGGGAGUGUAUGAUGAAGCAGAAAGGAGGAGGGAGAUGGCCAAGAACUCCUUGGAAAGAUACACUCAUUAUUAUGAGCGAUGGGCAUCCAACCAAUCGUCAAGGCAAAAAGCACUGGCCGAUCUGCUUCAAAUGCAAAGUGUACAUCUUGAGAAGCUUAGUGAAGUUCAAUCCCAGCCUGAGUCACAAUUGAAGUUCAUAAUAGAAGCCUGGCAACAGAUAGUUGAAUGCAGGAGGGUUCUAAAAUGGACUUAUGCAUAUGGAUACUAUCUACCUGAGGCUGAACAUACAAAAAAACAGUUCUUUGAGUAUUUACAAGGCGAAGCGGAAGCUGGUCUGGAGAGGCUUCAUCAAUGUGCUGAGAAAGAGCUAAUGAAUUACCUUAAUUCUGAGGGUCCAUCAAAAGAUUUUAAUGACUUCCGCACCAAACUUGCUGGUCUGACAAGCGUGACACGGAACUACUUUGAAAACCUGGUUAGAGCACUGGAGAAUGGGCUUUCAGAUGUAGAUUCACAGGCAGUAUGCAACAAGAUGAGCUCAAAAACUGCAGCAGGGACUAGCAAGAGUAAUAAAGGGGGAAGAGGGAAGGGAUCUUCAAAGACGGGCACAUCAGCCAGAAACGCAGAUGAUUCGGGAAAUUGGCCAUGCGAUAAGUGUACGUAUGUAAAUGCUCGAUCCGCAACUGCAUGCCAUGUGUGUAACCACCGCCGUUGAGGUAUGCUCUGGAGGCACAAAACAGAAAACCUUCCUCCGUAGCAUGUUUUGUUGUGAGAUGCACAGGAUUCAAAAAGAUGACGGGUAGCAGUUAAUUAUUGGGUUUGGGAGAAAUGUGUGGGGUGUUGUUUUAUGAUCUAAAUCUUGUUUGUAAAUAGUCUGUGUAUUAUGCUAAAAUACAAGUUACCUUCUAAAAUAUUUGGUCCUUGUGACUUGUCCCAUAGUUAAAUUAGAAAAGAAAAAAAAAAGAGAAAAUGUGACCAUGUUCGGACUUGGGAACUUGUUGUCAAACUUGGUGGUAUCAGGAAAUAUCCUUAAAUAUGCUGCAUGUUGGUGUGCUUGUGAUUA